GCACGAUUUAAAAUGGCCGAAUCUGCCGAAAAUGUUAAAAUCGAAUGUAGAAGUAAACGCACAGUCUCCUCUAUCGUUACCGCAAUAAACGAGCACAUUGAAAAUAUCGUAUCAGGAAACCCUGAUGCUUCUGAAGAAGACAAAGAACGAUGCAGAUUGCGGUUUCGAGAGAUUUAUGAAACAGCUAUACAACAGAACAUCCUUAUAGAUGGAGAAGAGUGUUCGCUUGCUGAUACCCACAAUGAAACAUCAGAAUUUGAACCUGUUGAUGUGGACAAAAGAAAUUACAUCAAUAAUGAACUGGUACCCAACUUUGACAGUGCUAUUGUCCGUGUAGCGAGGAAACGGAAGUUCCAUCCUCGAUUUUGUGAAGAGGAAACAUAUGAAAUAGUCAAUAAACAAGCCUUUUACUUGGCCAAGGUAGAGGUGACAAAUGAAGGGAGACAACCCUUUACUCUUAAAGAAGACCCAACACUGCUUGCAGAACCAAAACUUAAGGCUGAACUGAAGAAUGCUUCAUCACAGCUAGAUGCAGUUACUAAGACUGUGACAUCAUCUGUAGAGAAGGCUGAGAAGCUGCACACUGCUGUGGGCAUCCUUCAACAACCAUCCAAAACUGAUAAGAUCAUAUAUGACAGUGGAUGCAAUAUUGCUAGCAGCAGUCUGAACUCGCCUUUGAACACAAGGCUCAAUGGAACAGCAGCUUCUAGUGCUGUAUUGUCAGAGGCACCAAGUUCAAGGCAGCAUCAAGACUAUGUAGUAGAGGUGUAGUGAUCGGCAUGUAGACCUUUCUCACACUGAACUCAAGGUCUUGUUGAGCCAAGCUCCAUCUUUUGUGAUAUGAGAUAAAUAUAUUUGUUUCAUAUGCCUGUAAAAUUUCUCACUUUAUGAAGCUUGACUUUAGAGUAGAGUAGAGUAUCCCUUUUUCUUAUAUGAAAUGUGUGGCGUAAAGCUAAACUCACUCACUCUUAUAUGAAAUAAAAUUAUGAUGCUCUU